AUUGAACAAUGGCCAAGAAGGACGUUGCCGCCAAGCCUAGCUCUUCCUCCGGAGGAAAGAAGGCCAAGAAGAAGUGGUCUGCCAAGAAGGUCAAGGACAAGUCUAACAACUUGGUUGUCCUCGACAAGCCUACCCAUGAGCGUUUGUUCAAGGAGGUUCCCACCUACAAGCUCAUCUCUCAGUCUGUCCUCGUCGAUCGUCUGAGACUUAACGGUUCCUUGGCUCGCAUUGCCAUCCGUGAGCUCGAGGCCCAGGGUUUGAUUAAGCCCUUGUCCCGUCACCAUGCCCAGGUUAUCUACACCCGUGCUACUGGUGAUGAGAAGGCUGCUCCCGUUGCCGCUGACAAGGCCGAGUCUGAUGAAGAGUAAAUAGGAUCUUUACGAUUUUGUUUUAUUACUAUUAUUAAAAAAAGGAACUUAUGGUUUUGGAUUUUCCAACUCUUUCUUAAUUAAUCAAUCAAAAAAAAUUCAUCAAUUACAUAAAUAAAUGCGAUUCUUUUUAUGAUUCGAUAACACAAAAUACAUACAGCAAAAGCAUGUAUAUAAUCUUAUCACAUAUUAAAAUCAAGUGUAAAUGUAUAUGACAG